AUGGUGUCAGAAUGCAUUGGGGUCCGCAAGGCGAAUGACCUUGGGAAAUAUCUGGGCCUUCCAUCGGUGUUAGGACGCAAUAAGACUGCUACAUUACGGUAUGUGAAGGAAAAAGUCCGGGAGCGUAUCAGUUCGUGGCAACACAGGUUUCUUUCCAAAGCAGGUAACAAUCCGAGUUACAUCUGGCGUAGUAUUAUCGCGGGGCAAGAGGUCCUGAAGUAUGGCGCAGCUCGACGGCUAGGGGAUGGAAAGAAUACACGCAUCUGGGGCUGGGGUUGGUUGGCAGAUUCUGCCAGUCCACACCUUAUCACUCCAUGCAACGAGAAUUUGAAAGAGGCCAAGGUCCACAGGUUACUCAACAACAACGGCCAAUGGGAUGAAGAAAUCAUUAGGGACAUUUUUCAUGAAGAUGACGUACGAAGAAUCUUGGCUACCCCGGUGAAUAUUCUUGCUGAAGACACGUGGAGGUGGCCGGGUGAUCUGAGGGGAAUGUAUGCAGUGAAGCAUGGGUACCAGUUGCUGACGGCAAAUCUAGACGACUCGGAGGUUACAAACCAGUUCCAUUCUUGGAAUAAACUAUGGUCCUUACCCGUAUCGCCGAAAGUCAGAAACUUCCUGUGGCGGUGCAUUCGUGGCAUACUCCCAGUGAAAGAAAAUCUGCAGACGAAGAGGGUGUGGUUAGGAGGGGGUUGCCCAUUAUGCAGUUCACCGUCCGAAUCUACCGAACAUCUGUUGUGUGACUGCUCUUAUGCGAGAGCUUUGUGGAGGGACGAGGACAUUCGGCAAGGCUGGAGGAUACAACAGUUCAUGGAGAGUCGCAUAGGCUCAGCAAAUACUGAUCAAGCGGCGCAUCUGGCAGCUAUUUGCUGGACGCUUUGGAUGGCGAGGAAUGAUGCGGUAUGGAGGCAGGUUACACCUACGGUGGAGGGAAUGCGAAAGCAGAUACAUAGGUUGCAGGUCCUCUGGAAAGAGAAUUACGGGAAGAAUGAUAAUGUGAGUCGGGAGAGUAGCGUGCCAGAGCAGUGGGAACCACCACCUUACAAUACUCUGAAGUGUAACGUGGAUGCAGCCUUGUUUACAUCCGGUGCUGGUUUUGGCGCGGUGGUUCGAGACCAUGAGGGUCGAUUCGUGGCAGCCACGUGUGGCAAGUUGCAAUGUGACAAAGACCCGUUUAUGGCUGAGGUCGCGGCAGCUAAGGAAGCUCUAAGCUGGCUUAAAGACCUUAAUCCAACUCAUGUUAUUCUCGAAUCUGAUUGUUUAAAUUUUUGCAUUGCUUUUAAUUCCAGUGUAAUUGAUUUUUCGUAUGUAGGGUCUGUUGUAACUCAAUGUCGGUCAAUUGCGAGGGACAUAGGGAACGUAUGUGUUUGCCAUGUCAGGAGAUCAGCGAAUCUGGUGGCCCAUAAGUUGGCUCGGGCAACCGAUUCUAUGGCUGACUCGAGAUCGUGGGUUGGUAUCCCACCUACUUGUAUUGCUGUUUUAUUGAAUUAA